AUGCCGCCGGGACAGAUGCUAGAACCAUCCGAGACCGAGUCCGACUUUGUGGUCUCAUGUCUUUCGGAUGGCGUACGACCUGACGGACGAUCGUUCCUCUCUACGCGCGACGUGGACAUUUCCUUUGGCGAAGAGCUUGGCAACUGUACCGUUGCCAUCAAAGGAACCCGUGUUUCGACUUGCGUACGAGCUACAUUGAUGCCGCCACGAUCCGACCGACCUUAUGAAGGCUUUCUUCAAAUCACGACUGAUAUCUCACCGAUGGCGGGGAUAGAGUACGACUCGACGGGGGGAGGUGCCAACUCUUCGGCACGUGCUAGAGAAGUGCUGUUUGAUCGACUCAUCGACAAGGCAGUUAGGCGAACCGAGGCGGUGGACCGGGAAGCGCUCUGCGUCGUAGCAGGCGAACAGGUGUGGAACGUCCACCUGACGGUUCACUUGCUUUCGGAUACGGGAGCAGCACUCGAUGCGGCAGUGUUAUGCUCAAUGCUGUCGCUGCGUCAUUUUCGACGUCCAGACUACUCGAUCGAAAACGGAAAUCAGGUGCGACUGUACUCGCUAGACGAAAGAGUCCCCGUGCCACUCGCCAUCCACCACACCCCACUGUGUGUCACAUUUGCUAUCUUUAACCACCUCCCUUCCAUCUCCACUGCUGCCUCCAAGACGCAACCAGAAGAUCGCGCAGAUUCACACCUCAUCGACCCCAACGCCAAAGCUAGCUCUCCUGACACAUCCACGUCUACCUCAGUAGCGUUGCUCGACCCAACGCUACUCGAAGAAUCGCUAGCGCAAUCCAAGCUUACCCUCGUCCUCAAUGCUCAACGCGAAAUCUGCGUGCUCGACAAAUCUUACGGCAGCCCAAUUGACGCCCAUCUGUUGCUACACCUAAUCCAGAUCGGUCUCAUCCGCAUUCAGCAGUUGACAGAACGCCUGGAACACGCAUUGAGCGUCGAUGCAGAGACACGCGUUGUCGAAGUCAUCUGA